AUGGCAACCCCACAGAAACUCGUCGAAGGCAUCAACGCUCUCGUCCUCGAGGUCGAGAAGGUUGUCGCUGCCGCAGCAACAUCUUCAACUGAACAAACCCCUGCACAGGAAGCUACUGCUGCAGUGGAGUCCGAAGAGAAUAAAUCGUGUGUUCGAGGCAAUGACGAUGCACCCAAGGGCAUACCAGCUGCGGCCGAGACAGAAGAUCCAGCUGAGGGAGAAGCAUCUGGCUCAGGAGCCAGCUCUUUCGUCGAAGUCGAGAAUGACUCUGCACCCACAAUGCCUAAAGAAAUCAAGCUCGACUCACAGUAUCUUGAUGGCUAUGUCGAGGCUCACAAAGAACAAGCUCGUACGAACGCUGUUCCGACUGCUAAAUCUGCAGAGUCCGAGGAGUCCGAGAAAAACAAAUCUUACGUUCGGGGUUAUAAUGGUACUCCUGCCGAGUUGUUAAAGUUUUGGGAUGAGAAAGCCAAGUGGAGUCAGCUUGGAUAUAAUAAUCAACUCAGGGGAAUGCGAGGAGAAGAGUUCGAGAAGCCUGGAGCGUUCUAUGAACAGGACGGACAUAAGGCACAGGCAUAUUGUGCUGGAUACAAUUCUGCCCGAGAUACUGGCUACGCCUACCUUCGUGGUUAUAGAGAUGCCCGAUCUGGGAAGCCCUGGGACCUGCCUAAGUAUGGACAUAACCCAGCGGAUGUAAAAGAGUAUGGUGGCGAAUGUUGCCAUUGCGAAGAGGAUCAUAUUGAGUGUGAAUGCACUUGUGACCCAGAAAGCGAGGUGAGCACGGAAAACGAAGAAAGUUAUGCAGACACGGAGAAAGACAUCUGCUACCACUGCUCAGACGACUCUCGGCAUGAGCGGUGCCCAUGCACUUGUGGCACCUCAAAAGGAUGCGAUACGAACACCUUCCGCGGCACCUGCUACCAUUGCUCCCACGCCGCAAUCCAUAAAUUCUGCCCGUGCCUUUGCGGCAACUCGGUAACAUAUGGCCGAGAGGAGGAGUUCGGGAUUCGGCCCCUUGUCCGCACUGAUCCGUCCAGAACUGGGGGUUCCAGAACCACGACUCCUGGAACUGAGACGGCUAGAUCUGAAUCUCUUAGAACCGAGACACAUAACUCAGAACGGGAAGCUCUAGAGGCAGGCUUGUGGAGGGAGGUUGCUCGUCAGAAUGAAGAGUUCGCGCGAUGGCAAGAACAUCGUACUCGCGCCGCCGAUACCCUCAGAGAAGUCAUCGAAGCAAUUAAGCGGUAUCGAGAGGAUCGAGAACAAGCAGUGGAUAGAAUUCGCCUUGAGCAAGAAACAGAGGAAGAAUUUGCGCUGGCCAGAAUCCGAGAAGCAGCACUCCUCGCGAGACGUGAGGUACAGCGUCUGAUAGAUCUCCGAGAGCGGGAAUGGCAGCAAGACGACAGCUGGUUGGCUGUUGUACCGCGUCCUGCAUGGCUAGCAGAGUUUUUCCGUGCUCGAGUGACCACCUUGGCCGCGGAGCUCCAUGAGAACGCUGAAAGAGCUGCAUCGGCCGCAUUGUUAGGCACUCCAGACGUGCUUCGUCGAUUGGGCAUUCUAGAGCGGGACGAUUGGGAGCUUGCAGUGGUAGACUACCGCGCCCGCAUGAACGCUUUGCACGAAGAGUUCCGACUGACAGCGGCAGCAGCUCGACACCUCUCAUGUGCUGACACCCGAACUAUCGUCGAGCGGUAUCUGGACAACCGAUCAUUGAGCUCUAUUCUGCAGCCUGAUCAAGAAUCAGAUAAUGACGACUUACUGGGGGAGGACUUUGGUGCCGCGCCCCUGACUCGCAUCCUAUUUGGUGAGCGCCUUGGUCUUCGUCCAAUAUCACCUCCUCGCCCAUCUAAUGUUGACUCCCAGCCAAUGCCCCUCCGCCUCGGAGGUCUUGGUCCGUUCCCCGACCUUCCUGAGAGAGUCGCAUUCGCUCGCUUUAGAGGUCUUGGUCCCUUCUGCGACGACUCUGACGCACCUUGCCCUCAUUCGUAUGGACCUUAUUGAACAUGCU